UAAAACAAUAUUUAAAGCAAAACAACAUACAAUAUUCAUACAAUAAAUAAAAUUAAGGAAAAUAACUUGACGCAAAACAACGUAGUCUUACUCAACAAAUUUUAUAAAGAUUUAAUUAUUAAAUGUAAUUGUAGUAGUAAAAAUUGUAAAAUCCGCUGUAGUAUAAAUGCCCUAAAAAAAAAAAAUGUUUUUCUUGUACUACACUGUACUGAGAUUGGCAACACAUUUACAUUUUGCUCAUUUAUCAUAGUGUGCUAUUUACUUUCAUUUAAUCUAUGUCGUAUCUUAUCCGAUUUAUUUAUUUUAAAUUUUUAUAGCAAAACUAGAUUUAAUUAUUAUCCUAUUUAACGAUUUCGUUAAUUUUUUUGUAGUUUCAAGUUAAAAUUUUAUAAGUAGAUAUGAGCAGAUACAAAUCUCCUUUAACUUUCAAAAAGUCGUCAGCAACUGUUGAAAAUUUUUCACAGUUUAAAGUUGAUGAAGUCACUCCAACUAGAGACAGUACGGCUACAGUAAAUACUCCUGAUAAUUUAUGGAUAAGUGACAAUACUGCACAACCUCAACCUGUAAGCCGUCAGUGGAAAGGACGAGACUUUAGCUCACCUAGAUUCAGUAGUCCUAGACUAAGAGAUUCACCUUAUCACUGGAGUCCUAAUAACCGUAAUAAUAGUUGGAAUUCGGACUUUAACAAUUCAGAUUUCAACUCCUCAUUUGAACAAAAUAAUUUAAGUCCAUAUAACUCCCAAGUGAACAGACAUCAUAAUCGAAAUUAUAAAGUGAACGGAUGGGUAACCAUGCGUGCUCUUCUACGGUGGCUAAAAAGCAUCAUGUUCCCAGUGCAAAAGGCGACGGAAACCACUGCACUUAAUUUCCCCAGGAUAUACCAUUGGGGUAAAACGACAAGGCAAAACCUUUAGUAGAAAUAUAUUGUUGAGAUUAGGAAGUUAUUAGAAAUUCAUAUCAAGGUAAUGACAACAAAGAUGAAAAUUAUUACCACCCAUCUAUGAUUGAAGAUCCUUGGGAAAAAUUAUUAGAUACUUCAAAAAAGAAUAGUUUUUUGAAUAACUGUCUUAGUGAUUGUAAUUAGUAGAAGUAAUCCUUGUAAAUUAAGAACACAUGUAAAAAUAAUAUGUAUAUUAUUUAUGAAUUUAAAUAAAUUUAAUUUCCUAAAUUUCUGUUAAUACUA